UAAUCCAUCCACCUCGACAAAUCUCGAUCUCAAGGUUCUUACUUCUUACCGAUUGCGAUCGCGCUUCAGAUCUGUGGCAUCCAACCAUGUACGGAUUCGAAGCUAUGACCUUCAACAUCCAUGGCGGUUACCUCGAGGCCAUCGUCCGGGGCUAUCGCUCUGGCCUCCUCACCGCCGCUGAUUACAACAACUUAUGCCAGUGCGAAACCCUAGACGACAUCAAAAUGCACCUCUCCGCCACCGAGUACGGACCCUACCUCCAAAACGAGCCAUCUCCAUUGCACACGACAACAAUAGUGGAGAAAUGCACCCUUAAACUGGUCGAUGAGUAUAAACACAUGCUGACCCAAGCUACUGAGCCCCUGUCAACCUUUCUAGAGUACAUCACAUAUGGUCACAUGAUUGACAAUGUCGUGCUAAUUGUCACUGGAACUUUGCAUGAGAGAGAUGUUCAAGAACUGUUGGAGAAAUGUCAUCCGUUGGGAAUGUUUGACAGCAUUGCCACUCUGGCGGUAGCCCAGAACAUGAGAGAACUAUACAGACUCGUGCUUGUCGACACACCCUUGGCUCCAUACUUCUCUGAGUGCAUAACUUCUGAGGACUUGGAUGAUAUGAACAUAGAAAUCAUGAGGAAUACACUUUACAAGGCAUACCUUGAGGAUUUUUACAGGUUUUGCCAGAAACUUGGUGGGGCCACCGCUGAGAUUAUGUCUGACCUCCUGGCAUUUGAGGCUGAUAGAAGAGCAGUCAAUAUCACUAUAAACAGCAUUGGCACUGAGCUUACUCGGGAGGAUCGUAGGAAGCUUUAUUCUAAUUUUGGCUUGCUAUAUCCUUAUGGUCAUGAGGAGCUUGCUAUUUGUGAGGAUAUAGACCAGGUUCGUGGUGCCAUGGAGAAGUAUCCUCCAUAUCAGUCCAUCUUUUCCAAAUUAUCCUAUGGCGAAAGCCAGAUGCUUGACAAGGCAUUUUAUGAAGAGGAAGUGAAACGACUUUGCUUAUCAUUUGAACAGCAGUUCCAUUACGCUGUAUUCUUUGCUUACAUGAGGUUGAGAGAGCAGGAGAUCAGGAAUUUGAUGUGGAUAUCUGAAUGUGUUGCCCAGAACCAGAAGUCGAGAGUGCAUGAUAGCGUUGUUUUCAUAUUUUAGUAAGUCUCAUCAUCAUUGCAUAUUUAUGUAAGUUGUUGUUUGCAUCCAGCCCUUGGUUGAUGGGAAGAUGCUGAGAGUAUUUGUUCAUACUUUCAACAAUAAGUUGUGUGGUUAAGUGGGAGAUUUUCUAUUGACAUGAAAUAGUCUGUGCCGACGAAUUAUUCUACUGCACAAUAAGAUAGCACAGAUAUGCUUCGUCUUUUUCUUUUGUAUUUGGACAUAUAUUUUGCUCGAUCAACAGCAGUAAGAAUGUGUAAAUCACCCUAAAAGCAUUGCUUUGCUAUCUUCAUGUAUUAUUUGUUUGGAGAGAUAUGAUGCUAUGAAACAAUUUACUUGCA